AUGAGCUCGGUGCUUUUCAAAUGCGCACUAUUAGGAGUGAUGCUUCAUAUGGCGCACAGCGCUGCGAUAAGCUCAUUCAACGGCAACAGAGCUGGUGAUGCGGCAUUUAAUGACAAUGCAAACAGCAUUAACUCGAUGAAAAGAAUUAAAGGGGCGCAGGAGUCGUUCAACAGCAACGCCUCAAUGAACAAUAACGCUAACGAUCACGGUGUGUCAGAUGAUAUCGCUGUGGCUGCUCCUGUUCCUCCUGUUCCUCCCGUUCCUGCUCUUCCUCCUGUUCCUCCAACUGGAAAUGCUGGGGCAGCCGGUGCUUCUGAUUCGUUCAACGUUAAUCUGGCCGGAAAUGAGGUAAGCAGCAUUACUUACUUAUUCAGUAGAUUUGACUGUGCGUCGGACGGUACUCACAAGGAGUAA